AUGUGUGGCAUCUUCUGUUCUGUCAGUGCUACUGAACACGUAGCGCCCGAGGACAGACAUCGCGAACUUUUGGAGAGAAGAGGCCCUGACUCUUUGAGAGAGCUGGCACAGAAGUCAGAAAAUGUUUAUCUAACCUGUUUCAGCACUGUCCUCGCUCUUAGAGGUGACCACACUGUUGUCCAGCCUGUCCAGCAUACAGACUACCCUCAUGCUUUUCUCUGUUGGAAUGGUGAAGCCUGGAAGCAUGAUGCUUCCCCCAUCUCAGGCAAUGAUUCAGAAGUCGUCUUUGCAAAUAUUUCAAGUCUUCUCAAAGCCGAAGACUCUGACGCUCCUGAUUCCGCAAGCAAAGUCGUGCAGCAUGCUAUGAAUUUGAUCACUGGCCCCUAUGCUUUUGUCUACUACGACCCUCUGUCAGACACUCUAUUCUUUGGUAGGGAUCCUCUUGGACGCCGCUCAUUGAUGCAUCACGUCGAUGACAAUGGUAAUUUCAUUCUUUCUACCAUCUCUGGUUCACAAGAUCAAGGUUGGGAGGAAGUAGAAGCUGAUGGUAUCUACUCGCUCAAUCUCAAGUCCUUCUAUGCAUCCAUCCAGAAAAAAGAGCGGUGCAUACCAACACGCCUUCCCUACGCCUCCUCCCCAAACACUGUCAUUUCUACACCCUCACCACCUGAGUCGCCUGUAACUCCGCUCAAUACCUCAUCUCCUGCUGUUGCGAAGGUCGAGGCCUUGCUGCGUGACUCUCUGCGUCUACGCAUAUCAAACAUUCCUGCCUACUCCCUGCCAUCACAUCCUUCAGCGAGUCUUGCUGUUCUCUUUUCCGGUGGUCUAGAUUGCACUCUCCUGGCACGACUCUCACACGAGAUACUCGAUCCAGCACAACCAAUCGACCUCCUCAAUGUCGCCUUUGAGAAUCCUCGAGUACACCGCCGACCAGCAGGCGCGGAUUCCGACGACUCCUGGUCACCUUACGAACUAUGCCCGGAUCGCAUUACCGGACGCGCUUCUUUCGCUGAGCUCCAAGCGAUCUGCCCGGACCGUGUUUGGAACUUCGUUGCCAUUGACAUCCCGUACCAGGAAUUCCUCGCUCAUAGACCAGAGGUUGUCAGCUUGAUCUAUCCUCAUAACACUGAGAUGGAUCUGAGCAUCGCUUCUGCUCUCUAUUUCGCUUCGCGAGGUCAAGGGCUAGUAAACUCUGAAUCUGGAGAAUCGACCAGUUACACGUCUACAGCAAGAGUACUGCUCUCUGGGUUAGGUGCCGAUGAGAUGUUUGGCGGCUACACUCGACAUGAUACUGCAUUUCGGCGCCAGGGUUUCUCUGGUCUCAAAGAUGAACUCGAUCUCGAUGUUGAUAGGCUGGGUAAACGCAAUCUUGGUCGUGAUGAUCGCGUACUGUCCAACUGGGCAAGGGAGACAAGAUUCCCAUUCCUUGAUGAAGAUCUUGUGAGAUGGGCAGUGAAUGCUCCUGUCUGGGAGAGGUGUGGAUUUGGCGAGAACAAAGAAAACUUGAAUAGCAAGACUGGUUCUCUAGAACCUGCGAAGAAAGUACUACGAUGCCUUGCCUGGAAACUUGGCAUGACAAAGGUCGCCGCGGAGAAGAAACGAGCAAUCCAGUUUGGCGCCCGCACAGCCAAGAUGGAAGUGGGCCGCUCGAAGGGAACGCAGGCCAUCACUUGA